UUAAUGAUGAGAGUAGAGGGUUGAAAUGGCGAAGAAGAGGAAGCGAGAGUACAGUGGCAUCAAACAGGCGAGAGAGGAUGUGCUGGAGGCGAUGACGUCCAACUACCAGGAUGACGGAAUAGCCCCGGAGGAGCGGGAGAGGGAGGGGAAGGAAGGGGCCGAGGCGGAGGGAGGGUGGGGACAGACUUCAGAGGAGGAACCAGCCGACGUCGACUCGGAAACAGAGCUGCAAGUAGCGCUCGAAAGUGGGCUUCUGAAGCCGGGAUUGAACGUGGAGCUUCCGAUGCUGGAGAAACCCAUCUAUGACGCAGACAGCAUCAAGCGUCUGACAACUGAGUUGCGUGAACAUAAUUUGGAGUGGGUUGAGAGGAUGGAUGUCACGUGUGAGCCCCUGGACAGUUCCCAGUGUGUGAGAAAUGAUGACCUGCUGGAGGCUAUUGAGUCAAAUGACCUGGUGAAUGAUGACUUCAAACGGGAACUCGUGUUUUUUGGCCAGGCACAGGCAGCAGUGGCCAUUGCUCUUCCCAAAUUGAGGCAGCUGGGAGUGAAGACGGAGAGACCGGCAGACUUCUUCGCAGAAAUGGCCAAGUCGGACGAACACAUGAAGAAGGUCAGAGAGCGACUGUUGGCCAAGUCCAAGACAGCUGAGAGAGUGGAAAAGAUCAGAAAAUUGCGAGAUGCCAAGAAAUUCGCCAAAAAAGUGCAAAUAGAGAAAGAAAAGACGAAAUUGACAGAGAAGAAGCAGAUGAUUGACAAGACGAAUCUUGUGAGGAAGGGCAAGAGCAAAGACCUCUCGUUCCUGCACGAGGACUCCUUAACAGGCAACAAGACCAUAGACCUCACAGACAGAGUGGUCACCAAAGCACUCAUGAAAAACGCCGCAAACGCCACAGCCAAAAGGAAAUCUUCGACUAAAAUUGGGGAAAUGAACAAGAAGCGCAAUAAGCUGAGAGAAGCAAAAGACUUGAAGUAUGGCUAUGGAGGGAAGAAGCGGAACAUCAAACGCAACGACAAGAAGAGCACGAAUGCAUUCGGAAAAGACACCCGACGACAGGGCUCAACAUCCUCGGGAUUCAAGAGGAAGCAACCGACCAGUGGUUCCAGUUCAAAUAGAGCAGGCAAAGGAAAGAAGAAAAAGUAGACGACAUUUGAUAUAAACUGAUGUUAUUCUUGCUGUUAUCCUUGUCCUUAACUUUGUUUUCGAUCAAUUGGAUUCUUUUCGUCCA